AUGCUGCCAAAUAUUACCGUCGACAAUAAUGUACAAAAGCACAUCGAAGCGCUCCAGACGAACGGAUACGACGACUGGAAACCAGGGGGUGUAAGGCAUGCCGAUUGGCACGCCCGUAAAGAACGGUGGAAGAAAGGCGGUGCUAUCUGCAUGAAGCAGAAGAUGGAGCAAAUCAGGAAGGCCAAUAGCAUUAUCUAUCUCGACGUCGAUGACAACGAGGGCGACUACGAGGUCGACGAAGAUGCAGAACGUUUCUUCGCCGCAGUGGCGGAUCUCCUGCCUGCUGUCCCCGCACAGAAUAGUAGGCAUAGUAGACGGCGUCUAAUUUAG